AUGCACGGCUCACUCAGCAUGCACAGCUCACUCAGCAUGCACGUCGGGGUUCGAAAAACAUGCCUGCCCUACAACCACGACCUCAUUGGUCUGCAUGUCUGCAGACCCUCUCUUACCCUCAACGAACCAUGGAACCUCCCCCAGUACCCACUACUCGCGGAAAGAGCAAGACCAAAUGAGGUGGAAGAGGCGGAAGAGGCGGAAGAGGCGGAAGAGGCAGCAAAGCUCAAGCUGCCACUCAGCCUGAUGUGGCUAUCGCAGACUACGAUGGGCCAAGGGUUCAGGUCAACUGGCAACAAAGAGCCUUUUCAUACCGAUAUGCUUGUUCGAUGGCUUGUUCAGCAUCCUGCAGAUUCUACUGUACUAUUCAACGGUAAACACAAUGUAGACCAUGGCACCCCCUUGGGCAAGGACAAAAAUGAGAUUCAAGGUCUCAUCGCUCAUUUUAUCUUCAUGCAUGACCAUAAAUAUGGGAGCUUAUAUGCUUCAAUUCCGGAUAAAUUUCAUGACUCAGUAGCAUACCGCAUUUCCGCAUAA